GUCGGUGUAUGGCUGUAUCUGUAAUAUAAAUUUGAAUCAAAUGAGUUACUAUUUAGUUUUGUAAACAACGGAAACAUUAAUACCUCUCAUACUUUAUUUUUUAUGACUUUUUAGACCCUAUUAUUCUUUUCUCAAUUGUACGUUUGUUAUCUUUUUUAUUUUAUGUACUCAAUUUUAUUCUUAAGAUUCAUGUGUCGGUGUUGUUUUUCCAAUUCCAUUAUUUAUAGAUUUUUUUAAAAAUAUAAAUGUAAUUUUGUAAUUCCUCAAUGGUAUCGUAUAAAUUUGGAUUAUUGGUAUCAAUUCUGUUUUACUACCCCCUCCAAUCAAUAAAAUAUGCACAAUCCUUUCAUUUCACGUUCAAUAACGAUUUUUUUGACUUUCAAGCCCCUCAGGAAGAAACCCACGAUGAUAAAAGGUGUCCAUACGAAGUACUUGGUGUGAGUAAAACAUCUACACAUAAAGAAAUAAGGAAGGCAUUCCUUGGACUAAGUAAAAAGUACCACCCGGAUCUGAGCACAGACCCAGACGCUUCAGAUAAAUUCAAAGAAAUAAAUGAAGCCUAUGAAAUAUUGAGUAAUAACGAUAAGAGAGAAGCUUAUGAUAACCAUGGAUUUGCAGGACUUGACAGAAUGGAGAGGAUGGGAGGAAUGCCAGAAGAAUAUGACAUGGACGACAUAUUUUCCAACUUUUUUUCAUCAGGAUUCCAAGGACCCAAAGAAAAGAAGGCAGAACCACUAGUUUAUCCAUUGUCAGUACCAUUAGAUUUUUUAUACACGGGAAAAGAAUUCGAACUAACCCUAGAAUUAUCUAGACUGUGCAAAAAUUAUGAUGAAUGCGAAACGAAGCGUUCAGAUUGUCACGGCCCAGGUCUAAAAGUAGUAACUCAACAAAGAGGUUAUGGAAUGUUCAUUCAACAUCAAAUGAGAGAUGAUUCAUGUAUUGGUAGAGGAAAAGGAUGGCUCCCCAAUUGCAAGGAAUGCCCAAACGGACCGGUAUAUACGGAAGAAGUACAAGUAACGGUUAAUGUCGAGCCAGGUCAUAAGAAUAAACAAAAUAUCGUAAUGGAGGGAAGAGGACAAGAAAAACCGGGAAUGAAGAGAGGAGAUUUAGUGUUUGUGGUUACAGAAAAACCACAUGAUGUAUUUAGAAGAGAAGGAAAUGAUCUACACUGCAAAGUUGAUAUAUCGCUAAAAGAAUCACUUACCAAGUUCGAACGAGAAAUCGAUAUUUUUGGCCAAACAUCAAUAACGGUCUCACAAAAUGGAGUUACACCGCAUAAUCACGUCAUAAAAAUUCAAGGAAAAGGUAUGCCAGUUUACGGUUCGGAUAAAUUUGGAAACUUAUAUGUGACUAUCAAUGUCGUGUUCCCUAAAAAAUUAACACCAGCACAAAUUAAACUGAUUGAGCAGGCUCUUUAAUAAAUAAUAUUGAUUGUACAUUA